AUGCCAUCCCGGUCCGGACGUAAUCCACCGAUUCCAUCGACCUCGAACUCCGGCUUCGCUGCCUCGAACGCUCCUUCACACUUCGACUCUGACAACGCUCUGCGAUACCCGUCUCAGGCUCAGAAUGACCGGACAAUGCCUUCAAUGAAUGGCACCUCGCCCACCAGCCCGUACCGCCGUGGGCACAAUCGCUCCAUUAGUCACCCGUUUACUUCUCCAUUCAGCGGACUUGUGAAGAAGCGUGGCAAGACUACGCCCAAAAAUGCCGCUUGGAACUCGGACUCGGACUCUGACGGGGACACACACCCAGCCAAGACCCUCACAACAAGUCCUCGUAAGGAUGUACCUAAGGGAGGACCAGGAAGUGAUCUUGCGGAAGGGAAAUGCCCAACCUGCAACUCGACUGUGCGCUGGCCUCGGCACCUGCAAGUCUACCGCUGCACUUCCUGUUUGAUGGUCACCGACCUUGAUGGGGAGCUUUCGAAGAAAAUGAAAGAUCAAGCUGAUCCAAAUCUGGAAGACCGGCUACAAAAACCACUGCCCCCAGACCCGCCCGAGUCCCAGCUCCCACCGCUACCGCAUGAGCCGAAGCCAGAUGCGCCUUUGUCAAUCAACUAUACUAGGCGUAUUAUUGACGGAUGUAUUGCUGCGUAUUUCCAGACACUCCUCGAUGGAUCCCGUUCAGGGGUGACGCCGGACGAAAACCGCGUAGGCAGGGAUCGCUCAGCAAAUGGCCAACCUUAUCCCAUGGUAUCGGACUCUGUCUCUAUUCCUGGGAAGCUCUCAACCCCACGAGAUCCUCGUAGCCGGAGCACGUCCACGUCAACUGAGCGAGGCGGAUUUUAUGGGACAAAGGAGAACUCAAAUCUCCUGAAACCACAUGCUUUCCCAUGGGAAGGCAAGGACAUGCCUAUCCGGAGUCGUGCCAAUUCUGAUUUGCAGAGUUGUUCGAAAGCAGGCCAGCGACCCCAGCCGACAGUACAGCCUAAAAGCACCAAGGAAAAAGAUCACGAGAACCAGCCAGUAGUAUUCAAGCGACUUGAAAACUACAUCAUUGCGGCUUUCAAAGGCUGUGGAGCUCUUAAUGCGUCAUUUCCCGUCUACCAGCCGUCCAUCCGGUCUGCUAGCAGUGGUAACCCUCCGCGCAUGAAAGUCGAUCCUAAAAGCGUACCUGACCCAGCUGUCAACGCCCCCGUGUUCGAGCCUGAUGCAAAAACUCUUCUCUUGGGAGAUGUUGCGGAGAACUCAACUUGGUGGAUGAAUGAGUGGGCCGAGGCCGAGGGACAAGUACCCCAAAAUGCUAAGGAACGAGCCCCGCAUAAGUCUCGUUCAGUAUCAUCUCGAAGCCCUCGGAUCAACUGGACUGAAGCCAACCAGUGGUACCAGCUAGUUCUGACUGCAGGAAGCUCUUGGUCGGAGAGGUGGGCAGCUAAGAAGCCGGACCUAUCACCACGUCCGGGCACAGAUUUGGCUAGAUAUAAGAGAUGGGAGUCAGUUGACAUGUCUGUCAUUGAAAAAGACAUUACCGAAUCUCGGCUGCAUCUCCACCGAACAUUGAUGAAGGCUACUGAGAAUCUUCUCAAGCGUCCUCGGAAACUAUUGAAGAAGCCAGAAGACACUCGGUUUCUACUCAUCCUAUUGGCGAACCCUCUACUGUCAUCUCCAAUAGCCUACGCUUCACCUAAAAUGCUCCAAUCAACCCACCGGGAUGAACGGCGUCCAUCGCAUCCAAAAGAUGUCCCCCGAUCAACAACCAGAGAUGGAAAGUUUUCCCGGAAAGAUGCUUCUGCGCCGAUUGCUCGCUCUGGAAGCUCCAACCAUCAUUAUGGGAUACUGAAGCGAAUUCUUGGUCUGCUGUCUAACAUGCCCAAUGAUUGUCACCACUACUUUGUGUCCUGGUUCGCGCGUUAUCCACCGGGUCAAUUUGAACGCCUGGUGGAGUUGGUUGGUGGAUUUGUUACGUAUCGCUUGACGCGCCAGCAUGGUCGAAAGCGCAGCGAGAACCCCAAAGAUGGAAAUGACUUAAUUCCAAGUUUUGCAAGUGCUUCUGGGAAUACUCCCGCUGAACUGCAUGCUGCUAUCAAUCGUCGUCAUCCUAGCAAGCCACCUCCUAAGAAGCAGGAGUCUCCUAUCGUCUACGCGGAAGACUGGCAGAUAAGAUCAGCAGCAAGAAUCAUGUCUUUGCUGUUUACAGCAAACAUUUCCCAAGCGCCGCGCAGGCUCGAUACAGGCACAGAUGCGAGAAUACGGCCAAACGACUCUGCAAACGGCUCUAGAUAUAUCCAAGACUAUGUCGUCCCUAUCAGCUCGUUCUACAACACCUUGCUAGAUUAUUCAGACCUGGUGGCAGACUUUGAGAAUUGGGAAUCACGAGGCUCAAAGUUUUCCUUUUGCCAGUACCCUUUCUUCCUCAGCAUCUGGGCAAAGAUUCAUAUCCUCGAGCACGAUGCACGCCGUCAAAUGGAACUGAAAGCCCGUGAAGCCUUUUUCAGCAGCAUUCUCAACCACCGGGCGGUCAGCCAGUAUCUUGUUCUGAAGGUGCGGCGAGAAUGCCUAGUCGAAGAUAGUCUUCGUGGUGUCAGUGAAGUUGUAGGCACAGGCCAAGAGGAGAUCAAGAAGGGCCUUCGAAUUGAAUUCGUUGGAGAGGAAGGAAUCGACGCUGGAGGUCUGCGCAAGGAGUGGUUCCUCUUGCUUGUCCGUGAGGUUUUCGAUCCGCAUCAUGGACUAUUUAUCUACGACGACGAUUCCAAGUAUUGCUACUUCAACCCGUUCUGCUUCGAAUCAUCCGAGCAAUUUUUCUUGGUCGGGGUUUUGCUCGGACUUGCCAUUUACAACUCUACAAUUCUCGACGUGGAUCUGCCGCCGUUUGCUUUCAGAAAAUUGUUGGCCUCAGCACCACAGAACACUGCUCCGCAGACGGCAACCUCUCAACGAUCGAAGUUCAAAUGCACGUUGGAUGAUCUUGCCGAGUACCGUCCAGCACUUGCUAAAGGUCUCCGUAUGCUUCUGGAAUACGAAGGAGACGUUGCCGAAACUUUUUGCUAUGAUUUCGUUGCCCAGACCGACCGGUACGGAGAGAUAGUCAGUGUGCCUCUUUGCACAGGAGGCGAGAAGCGACCCGUCACAAACGCAAACCGGCAAGAGUUUGUGGAUGCAUACGUCUACUAUCUUCUGGACACUGCGGUAGCUCGGCAGUACGAACCGUUCAAAAGGGGUUUCUUCACAGUUUGCGGCGGCAAUGCCUUAUCACUAUUCAGACCAGAGGAAAUUGAACUGCUUGUACGCGGCUCUGACGAGCCACUCGAUGUGACCUCCCUGCGUGCGGUAGCCACCUAUGAUAACUGGUCUCACCACCGCCCUGAGUCAAUUCCUGUAGUCCAGUGGUUCUGGGACUUUUUCGAGACUGCCCCGCCCCCAUCGCAACGGAAAAUCCUGUCAUUCGUUACCGGUAGUGACCGCAUACCCGCUAUGGGUGCCACAAGUCUGACCAUUCGACUGGCUUGUUUGGGCGACGACUCUCCCCGAUACCCUACAGCACGAACCUGCUUCAACACGCUGAGCCUGUACCGAUAUGCUACACGCGAGAAGUUCCAAAAGCUGCUCUGGGAUGCUGUAUUGAACAGCGAGGGAUUUGGCCUCAAAUGA